ACCGGGCUGUGCGGCAGGCUGUGCCCACAGAGUGCAUCGGCCUACCUAGGGCGUGCUGAGCGAUUCGGUAUCUCCCUUCCUCGGGCGGUACAUUCGUCCCGUUAGUCGACCGCAGGCUCAAGCGGGAAAUUUCAUCUAUAUACUGUGUGGGCAGCCGCCUCUCGGUCCUCUUUCGCUGCACACCAUAGCCGUCACUCUCUACACCGCUGACCGGCAAAGAUGGGUGCUUACAAGUAUAUUGAGGAGCUAUGGAGGAAGAAGCAGUCUGACGUCUUGAGGUUCUUGCUCCGUGUGAGAUGCUGGGAGUACCGCCAGCUGCCGGGUAUUGUGCGCCUUACGCGUCCAUCGCGCCCUGACAAAGCCAGGAAGCUUGGCUACAAGGCAAAGCAGGUGACUAUCUCUUUAUUCAUGAAGCUUAUCGAUCCAUCGACGAAACGAAAAUCGUUGGCUGAGGAUUCGAUUCUCCUCUUGGAGGGUACACGAGGGAGGAACCUUCGCUCCGUUGCGGAGGAGCGCGUUGGAAGGAAAUGUGGCGGCUUGCGUGUGCUCAACUCCUACUGGAUCAAUCAGGACUCGACAUACAAGUACUUCGAGGUGAUCUUGGUGGAUCCCUUCCACAAGGUCAUUCGUAACGACCCGCGUAUCAACUGGAUAUGCAAGCCGGUAAUGAAGCAUCGUGAGUUGAGGGGUUUGACAGCGGCWGGGAGGAAACACAGAGGCCUUCACGGCAAGGGUCACCGUUUCCACAAGAACCGGCCGUCUGUUCGUGCCACGUGGAAGAAGAACAACACUCUCUCUCUCAAGCGGUACCGUUAAGGAGAGAGAAAUCCUUAACGGUGUACUCACGCGCCGGMGGCGGGCUCUUCUUGGGCGUAUGGGAUUCUGUCAUCGGUGGAGAAAACGUUGCCCUGUUUUUUUUACGGUCAUCCGGCGUUCUUGGACAGCCGUUCUCUUCCUCUUGGCAGUUGUUGGUUGCGUACUCUUCUUGAAUUCAAAAGGGGCAGUCGUUGGAAAAGCCCUUCGCUUCGUCUUCUUCCACUCAGUCGAGAUAUGUCGUAUGCCAAUCAUUGGYUAUGGGACAGACGUUAUCUACUCGUCGUCGCAUCCGCUUUUGWUCUCAAAUUUAUCAACAUGAUGGACUCUUUGCUUUGAAGAUGGGCGGGCGUGUGAAUGAGCUUAUACGAGCGAAUCCACCAGUGAGUCAUGUGUAUGAUGGACUGGAGUAUUAGGGUUUCCUUUCUACUCUCGCUUGUCRUGCAGAUAUGGCACAGUGACAUGGCAUGGAAAUGACCGAAUGUCGAGAGGAGUAGAGCGGCUCAGCUCAAUUCACUCUUGUUUUUCCUUGAGAGGGAGGAGGGGCAGUCGCAGAGGUGGCUUUUCGGAAGAGAGAAUAUAGGACCAUCGGGAUCUGGACCUGUUUGACGGAAACAUUCAGUUACCUGUCUGAUACGUGUUUUAAAAAAAGGUCUUCUUCGGGAUUUCUUUGAGGAAUAUUCUUGUCUCUAUCGCGUGAGUGAAGGGGAUUUAUCUUGUGACUUGUUUUGCUUAUUAUGGUUUUGAUGGUACGGCAGUUAGCAUCUUGGUCUCACCAUACCUUUCCAGUCCAUCUGGCCUGCCACGUGUCCGUCCCACCACCGUCCACCGAUUUUGUCCCUGUCCAUCUGUCCUUGUGGGCGUUUGUUCAGCCGUCUCUCCAUUCAUCCCUUAAAAAUCGCGCAGACUGUUCAUCCCUCUUAUCCCUUCCUUGUUUACCCUUCCAUCCAUUCUUUUUGUACUCUUGCCUGCCCCCUUACAUAUCCGUCCAAAUCCAUCCGUUCCAUGUAUGCCAUAUCUCACAUCCCGGGUCAUCUUUCCUUUCUUAUCCCUUCUUUGUUUAUCCUUCCAUCCAUCGUUUUUGUACUCUUGCCUGCCCUCUUACAUUUCUAUUCAAAUCCAUCCGUUCCAUGUAUGCCGUGUCUCACAUUCCGGGUCAUCUUUCCGUGCGUCCUUCUCUCCGUACGCUCACUCCAGCAGUGGGUGGGCAAGUGGUUUAGUGCGGAAUACCCUAACGUGGUGGAAAGGGGGGAAGCAUAAUAGCCAUGUGGGGAUUUCGAACCCUUCUCCAUCACUUGUCUGGCUAUGCAUCCCUCGGUCCACUGUUUGACUUGGUCGUUCAGGCUGCCCGCUCAUCUGUCCAUCCAGCAAAUCAUCGGCAGCCAGUCGUCCGUCCUUUCAUCAGCCCACCCGCCCAUCCACCUUCUCAUGUGUCUGUCCAUCGCUCCAGCUUGUCUGGUUGUGUGGCUCUGCGUGGAUGUUAUCAAUUGUAUUUUGUUUGUGUAGUUGAGCUAGCAGGGUGGAGAUUACUCACACGCACACCGAGCCCUUUGGUCAUAGACUGAAAUAGGCCCGUUUCAGGGUGUACAGACUGAAAUAGGCCUGUUGGUGAAAAAAGUCUAUAUCGUAGAACGGAGGAAUCGAGACUUUUGGCCGAGUGUCAUCUUCAAAUUCCCAGAAGAAUCGGUGGAUAAAAGAAAGAAACAAAGAGUCAAAAUCAAACAUGAUAUUACAGUAAAUAUCAUUUCAGGUA